AUGGUACAGAAAGGAGUGAACCUUCUUGAGAACAUGAUCACGAUUCUAAUCCCUUCAGCUGACAGCAAAGCUAAGAGAGGGAAGAUCUUAAUGGAAGGCUUAUUAAUUCAUGGUCACAGCCCAUGCCUGUGGGAAACCUUUUCAGGAGGGUCAGACAGCAAUAAAGGAAAAAGCAAAAAAUGGAAAAAACUUUUACAAUUUCCACAUAUAUCACAAUGUCUAGAUUUAAAAAGCAAAUUAGAUGUAAGAUACAGCUAUGUAGUGGACCAACAGCCUAUAGGAAGACUGCUAUUUAGGCAGUUUUGUGAAUGUGUAAAGCCAAUGUACCACAAGUACAAUAAAUUCCUAGAUGACGUUGAACAGUACCAAGUAGAAUUAGAUGAGAAGAGACAAGAGGCUGCACAUACCAUAUUUAACAAAUAUCUUCAAAAAGCUUUUAUGGAAUGGCAGAUUUUGGGAAUUUUGAACGAGUCCUUAGUGGAAACAUGCAAGGAGAACCUGAGCAGAGACACAGCCGAGAAGGACCUCUUCCAAGGAUGCGUGGCCGACGUAAAGCUCUUCCUGGCUAAUGAACCUUUCAAGGAAUUUGAGGCUUCCAUGUACUUCCACAGAUAUCUACAAUGGAAAUGGCUAGAAAGUCAACCAGUUACAUACAAGACCUUCAGAAUGUACAGGGUACUAGGGAAGGGAGGCUUUGGGGAGGUGUGUGCGUGUCAAGUAAGAGCAACAGGGAAGAUGUAUGCGUGCAAGAAAUUAGAGAAGAAAAGAAUAAAGAAGCGAAAAGGAGAAGCAAUGGUGCUUAUAGAAAAGCAAAUUCUUCAGAAGAUUAAUUCCAGAUUUGUUGUUAGUUUAGCCUACGCUUAUGAAACGAAAGACUCUUUAUGCCUCGUCCUUACAAUAAUGAAUGGCGGUGACCUCAAAUUCCACAUCUACAACAUGGGGGGGGACCCAGGCUUCGACCAAGAGAGAGCAGCGUUCCAUGCAGCCGAGGUAUUGUGUGGACUGGGCCACUUACACAUGCAGGGUAUUGUGUAUAGAGACUGCAAGCCUGAGAAUAUUUUGUUGGAUGAUCACGGCCAUGUUCGAAUAUCUGACCUUGGCUUAGCUGUGCAGAUUCCAGAAGGGGAGAUGGUGCGUGGACGUGUUGGGACAGUUGGCUACAUGGCUCCAGAAGUGAUAGACAAUGAGAAAUACACGUUUUCCCCAGACUGGUUUAGUUUUGGAUGCCUAAUAUACGAAAUGAUUGAAGGACAAGCUCCCUUCCGAGCCCGUAAAGAAAAGGUAAAACGGGAAGAAGUAGAUCGCCGAGUGAAAGAACAGCAAGAAACAUACUCUCAUAAGUUUUCCGAAGAGGCCAAGUUAGUAUGUCAAAUGCUACUCAAGAAGAAUGCACGAGAACGACUGGGAUGCAAUCGGGGUCGACACGGUGCUGCUGAAGUCAAGAGUCAUGACUUCUAUCGCAAUGUCAACUGGAAGAGAUUAGAAGCUGGCAUUUGCGAUCCUCCCUUUGUUCCAGAUCCACAUGCGGUAUAUGCCAAGGAUGUGCUGGACAUUGAGCAAUUUAGCACAGUGAAGGGGGUAAACCUGGAUGCCACAGAUGACUCCUUCUACUCUAAGUUUAACACUGGCUCAGUAUCUAUCCCAUGGCAACAGGAGAUGAUAGAAACAAAGUGUUUUGAGGAACUGAAUGUGUUUGGGCCAAAUAACACACCCAGUAAUGAUCUAAGACUGGAUCUGCCCCCGCCAGAGGACAGCAAGAGUUGCUUCCCUUUCAGAAGACGGGUACGUGCCACGUGUGGAUUGGGACAUCUAUCCAACCUGUUCUGCGGCGGAGGUAGCUAGGAGGUUGCCGUUUUGCGUGAGAGAACAUCAUCAUCAUCCAGGAACAUCCAAAGCAGAGAAUCAAUCAUUGGGAGUUCAUCAUAUUCCCGCCAAAGCAUCUGAGGUUCAUCUUCAUUUCCUGAAUAUCACCUUCGAGGCAUCUGGGGUUCGCCUUCCACGAGUCAGCCGCUGAGAAGAGGCACAGAUGCCACCCAUUUUUGUCCCUUAGUGCCAAGUGAUUUAGAAGAUGAUAAGCUUAGACUUAACAUUUUGAGAGCCCAUGGAUAGGACAUUUUUGUUAGAGGAGAAAGCUAGAAUCUAAAUUUUAUUUUUUAUGGGUAUAUAUGUAUGUAUUUUACUUU